AGCAUCAACAUUGCUCGUUCUAGCGUUUUCUCAAACGUGAAUUUAAUUAGUAGAAAUAAACUUUAUUUUCUUAAGUAAACAAAUAAGGAAUAGCCUUUUGAUUGUUAAUUAACAGCAAACAAAAGUGAAACGAUAGUUUGUGACGAUAGUCUCUUGUACGUUAACGAGGUUACCUUUCUAUAGCCGUUAUGCCGGACAAAUACCAUACUUUCAUGUUUUAAAUUGAAGAUCAUAACCUUUUUCGAAGGAAACAAAUUAAAAAGCGGUAAAACACUUUCUUUGAGGUUGGUAGUGGGACGUCACCUGUGGAGCCUGGCUGCCUACCUUACUCCCUUCAACAGCUUCUACCUCUGGAGGAAAUUCAAGGGACACAGACGUUGGUUUGGACAAUAGCGGGAAAAUGUUUCGCCCUGGAAGAACAGUCUUUUGGCCUGGACAAGGGAAUGUCUCUGUUUCCCAUGUGGAAAAACUCAGCAGUAAGCUGAAAUCCAUUCUGAUGAAACGGUAUCAAAGUCCGCCAGGAGGGGAAACGGAGCAUCCGUUUUAUAGUCAUUGUGAUCUGUUCUAUCAACCUGUUGAAACUAGCGCGGUGAACCAACAUGAGUAUAUUCUCAUUGAGCCAGCCUACAAGAAAAGACCCAAAAGUUUAUGCUCAUUCCCAAACUCUGAGGAUGAUGUGCCUUUCAGGACAGCUCUGACAAAGGGUGUCGCUGGUAUUGGCAAAACUAGCCAGGUGCGGAUGAUCCUUCUUAACUGGGCAGAGGGAAAAGGAAACCAGGAAGUUCAACUCAUAUUUCCUCUUCCUUUCCGGGAGCUGAAUUUGUUGAAAGAUAGACUGAAUCUGAUUGAACUUCUUUAUGAGUUUUUCCCAGAAUUGAAAGAACCUGGAAUACACGACUUGGAAAGCUACAGAGUUGGGUUUGUGUUUGAUGGCCUGGAUGAAUUCCGAUGUUCCCUGGACUUCAAGAACAGCCCAAAAAUGACUGACGUCAUGGAGGCCUUCUCGGUGCCGACACUACUGACAAACCUUAUUAUCGGAAAUAUUCUUCCCACUUCUCAAAUAUGGAUUACCUCCAGACCAGCGGCAGUCAGUCGCAUCCCUUGUCAGUACAUCCAUGAAUUGGCAGAAAUUGAAGGCUUCACUGACCCACAGAAAGAGGAGUUCUUUAGGAGAGCGAUUACCAACAGGAACCAGGCCAACAUAGUUAUUUCUUUCUUGAAGGACUCAAAAAGCCUCUACAGCUUAUGCCAGAUCCCUUUUAUCUGUUCAAUUGCUGCAUCAAUACUUAAGGAACAGUAUAUGCCUGUCAAAAUAUGUGAACUAUACGCUCUGACUCCAUUAUUCAAUGACCUCCUCGUCCUGUUACAAAUGGGGAGACACAAUGUGAAGAUGGUUGAUGAAUUGGGGGAACUAGCCUUAAAGCAACUGAUGAAAGGCAACACAGUUUUCUAUGAGGAAGACCUACGAGAGUGCAACUUUGACGUCAAAGUGGCAGCCUUGUAUGCAAAAGUGAAAAUACCCAUAUUCAGGGAGGAUAUUGGAUUACACCAAAAGAAGAUCUACUACUUUGGUCAUACCACAAUUCAGGAGUUCUUUGCUGCAAUGUGGUUUCUUCAAUCCAAUGGCCGCCAAAAUGAAGUUAAUAGUGUAGAUCGGAAAAACCAAAUCGAGAGAGCUCUCUGGUUUUUCCGAGAUGCCACUCACUUAAAGUGCGCGGUGGAUAUGUCUUUGCAGAGCCAGACGGGACAUAUGGACCUAUUCCUCCGCUUCCUUCUUGGCAUUGCACAAAACUUUAACCAGAUUUUUUCAGAGGCCGGCUUUAUCCUGUCGACGGCUCUCCCGGAAACGGUAGAGUACAUCAAGAAGAAGGUGAUGGAGAACCCCGCUUCGCCAAGGACACUUAACCUGCUGAAUUGCCUGAGGGAACUGAAUGACUACUCCUUAGAGAAUGAUGGUGGGAGAUUUCUCAAAACUGGAAUAUCCCCAGAUGCAAAAUACCCAUGUGCUCAUUGGUCAGACCUCGCAGCUGUUUUGGUGGCAGAGAAUGGGACAUUUGACAUGCCUGGGUUGGAAGUACAUAAGAGAGGAGAUGAUGAACUUCUAAGGAUGCUGCCAGUUGUCAAAGCUUGCCAGACAGUAAUGCUGCAAUACCACAACCUGACUGAUAAAUGCUGUGAAGGUCUGGCCUCUGUACUCACAUCAAAGGUGUCCCAUCUGAAAGCUCUGGAUCUGAGCUUUAACACCCUGAAGGACUCUGGGGUGGAGCUGCUGGCAGCGGGCCUGGCUAAACCACACUGCCGACUGGAGAGGCUGAAUCUGUCCGGCUGCCGGGUGAAACAGAAAGGCUUUGCUGCUCUGGGUAAAGCUCUCCAAUCCAACCCCUCACACCUGCGAGAGCUGGAUCUAAGCGGCAACGAACCAGGAGAAGCAGGGGUGUUUCAUCUUGUGGAUGGUCUAAAGCUUGUUAAAUGCAAACUGCGUAUCCUGAAGCUCUCUAACUGCAAACUGGGUCUAGAGUUGUGUCAGGCUCUAGCACGAUUCCUGUUGGACAACCCUCAACCCCUGAGAGAGCUGGACGUUAGCAUGAACAACCUGGGAGACGUGGGACUCGAUGUGCUCAUGGGUGGACUGAAGUUUACCCAGAUAAACAAACUGGAGUUGUACUGUUGUCAGUUAACUGAGAAAUGCUGCCAGCACAUUGCUAAGAAUCUGGUGAAUGUUACCAGUUUGAGGGAUCUCAAUCUGAGCAAUAACAACCUGAAGGACGAAGGGGUCAGGAAGCUCUGCCAAGUCUUCGCACUUCCUAACUGUCAACUGCAGAAACUAAACCUGGCGAGCUGUGGCUUCAUGGAUGAAGGCUGUUAUUGGCUGGCCCAAGGUUUCGUUUUCAACUCCACUUGCCUCAAAGAGCUGGACAUCAGCAGAAACCACCUUAGCGACUCCGAUUUGAGCGCAUUUUUCCUUUUCCUGCAAACUGCUGACUUUCCCCUGGAGACUCUUCGGCUCAGUGACUGUAGGCUAACAGAGCAAUGCUGUACGGAGAUGGCUGACGCUUUCACAUGCAGCCUGAUCCACCUGAAGGAGCUGGACCUCUGUGGAAACAAACUGGGAGAUGGAGGUGUGAAGACCCUCUGCACAGCACUGACCUCAAAGACCUGUAAACUGGAGAGACUGUUUUUGGGGUGUUGUGAGAUUACUGCAGUGGGCUGCUCCUCCCUGGCCUUAGCCCUGAAGUCCGGCCACUCCAGCAUCACGCAACUGGGCCUGAUGGGAAACGACACAGGAGAAAAAGGACUGAGAAUUCUCUCUGCCAUCAGGGACGACCCACGCUACAAACUACAGACUCUAGAUGCCGUGGCUUGUGUCUCCAGAGAAGAUUCAAGGACACACAUUGGUUGUAAUAAUUCGUGGAAUAUGUUUCGCGGUGGGAGAAACUUUUUUUUGACUGAUCAAAGGAAAGUCACUGUCUGCCGUGUGGGGAAACUCCGCAGUAAACUGAAAUCCAUUCUGAAGAAACGGUAUCAAAAUCCGCCAGGAGGGGAAACGGAGCAUCCAUUUUAUAUAGAUUGUGAUUUGCUGUAUGAAUCUGAUGAAAUUAAUGAGGUGAACCAACAUGAGUAUAUUCUCAUUGAGCCAGGCUACAGGAAAAGACAUGAAGCUUUAUGCUCAUCCCAGCACACUGAAGCUGAUGAGCUUUUUAGAACAGCCCUGACAAAGGGCGCCUCUGGUAUAGGCAAAUCUUGCAAUGUGCGGAGGUUCAUUCUUGACUGGGCAGAGGGAAAAGGAAACCAGGAAGUUCAACUCAUAUUUCCUCUUCCUUUCCGGGAGCUGAAUUUGCUAAAAGAGAGACUAAAUCUGAUUGAACUUCUUUACACCUUUUUCCCAGAAUUGAAAGAACCUGGAAUAUCGGACUUGGAAAACUGCAGAGUUGGUUUUGUUUUGGAUGGCCUGGAUGAAUUCCGACGUUCCCUGGACUUCAAGAACAGCCCAAAAAUGAGUAAUGUCACAGACGUCUUCUCUGUGCCGACACUACUGACAAACCUUGUUAGCGGUAAUAUCCUUCCCUCUGCACACAUAUGGAUUACCUCCAGACCAGCGGCUGUCAGUCGCAUCCCUCCUCAGUACAUCAACGAAGUGACAGAAAUCAUAGGUUUCACCGAUUCUCAGAAAGAGGAGUUCUUCAAGACUGCAAUUAGCGACAAGAAACAGGCUAACGCAGUUAUCACUUUCUUGAAGUCCUCAAAGGGGAUCUACAACUUAUGCCAGAUCCCUUUUAUCUGUUCAAUAGCCGCCUCAAUACAUGAGAAACAGUAUAUAGAGGACAAAAUAUGUGAACCAUAUGCUCUGACUCCGUUUUUCAAUGACCUCCUCGUCCUGUUAAAAAUGGGGAGACACAAUGUGAAGAUGGUUGAUGAAUUGGGAGAACUAGCCUUAAAGCAACUGAUGAAAGGCAACACAGUUUUCUAUGAGGAAGACCUACGAGAGUGCAACUUUGACGUCAAUGUGGCAGCCCUGUACGCAAAAGUGAAAAUACCCAUAUUCAGGGAGGAUAUUGGAUUACACCAAAAGAAGAUCUACUACUUUGGUCAUACCACAAUUCAGGAGUUCUUUGCUGCAAUGUGGUUUCUUCAAUCCAAUGGCCGCCAAAACGAAAUUAAUAGUGUAGAUCGGAAAAACCAAAUCGAGAGAGCUCUCUGGUUUUUCCGAGAUUCCUCCCACCUGAGGGGCGCGGUGGAUAUGUCGAUGCGGAGCAAGACGGGACAUAUGGACCUAUUCCUUCUCUUCCUUCUUGGCAUUGCACAGAGCUUUAACCGAAUGUUUUCAGAGGCCGGCUUUACCCCGUCGACUGCUCUCCCGGAAACGGUAGAGUACAUCAAGAAGAAGGUGAUGGAGAACCCCGCUUCGCCAAGGACACUUAACCUGCUGAAUUGUCUAAAGGAACUGAAUGACUACUCUUUAACCAAUGAUGGCAUGGUCUUUCUCACAACUGGAAUACCCCCGGAUGCAAAAUACCCACGUGCACAUUGGUCAGACCUGACAACUCUUCUAGCCGCAGAUGCCGGGUCAAUUAACAUGAUUGGGUUAGAAUUACAAAAGAGGGGUGAUGAGGAACUUCUGAGGACUCUGCCAUUGGUCAAAGCCUCUAAGACAACCACGCUGCAAUACCACAACCUGACUGAUAAAUGCUGUGAAGGUCUGGCCUCUGUACUCACUUCAAAGGUGUCCCAUCUGAAAGCUCUGGAUCUGAGCUUUAACACCCUGAAGGACUCUGGGGUGGAGCUGCUGGCAGCGGGCCUGGCUAAACCACACUGCCGACUGGAGAGGCUGAAUCUGUCCGGCUGCCGGGUGAAACAGAAAGGCUUUGCUGCUCUGGGUAAAGCUCUCCAAUCCAACCCCUCACACCUGCGAGAGCUGGAUCUAAGCGGCAACGAACCAGGAGAAGCAGGGGUGUUUCAUCUUGUGGAUGGUCUAAAGCUUGUUAAAUGCAAACUGCGUAUCCUGAAGCUCUCUAACUGCAAACUGGGUCUAGAGUUGUGUCAGGCUCUAGCACGAUUCCUGUUGGACAACCCUCAACCCCUGAGAGAGCUGGACGUUAGCAUGAACAACCUGGGAGACGUGGGACUCGAUGUGCUCAUGGGUGGACUGAAGUUUACCCAGAUAAACAAACUGGAGUUGUACUGUUGUCAGUUAACUGAGAAGUGCUGCCAGCACAUUGCUAAGAAUCUGGUGAAUGUUACCAGUCUGAGGGAUCUCAAUCUGAGCAAUAACAACCUGAAGGACGAAGGGGUCAGGAUGCUCGGGAAUGCCUUUGGACUUCCUAACUGUCAACUGGAGAAGCUGAACCUCUCCAGCUGUUGCAUCAUUUAUGGCGGCUGUCGAUGGCUGGCCAUUGGUAUUAACCCCAGCUUCCUCAAAGAGCUGGACAUCAGCAGGAACCGCCUGGACGACGCUGAUGUGAUCACGUUUCUGACGUUCCUCAGAACGAUCCCCUUUUCACUGGAGAUUCUCCGGAUGACUGACUGUAAGCUGACGGACCAAUGCUGUCCGGAGAUGGCCCAUUCUCUCUGCAACGAUCUCACCAACCUGAUAGAGCUGGACCUCUCUGGAAACAAACUGGGCGACGGAGGUGUGAAGACCCUCUGCACAGCACUGACCUCAAAGACCUGUAAACUGGAGAGACUGUUUUUGGGGUGUUGUGAGAUUACUGCAGUGGGCUGCUCCUCCCUGGCCUUAGCCCUGAAGUCCAGCCACUCCAGCAUCACACAACUGGGCCUGAUGGGUAAUGACACAGGAGAAGAAGGACUGAGAAUUCUUUCUGCCAUCAGGGACGACCCACGCUACAAACUACAGACUUUGGAGAUAAAUGAUUGAAAGUGGUGGUCAUUCUUGGACUGAUCUAUUUCAAAAUCAUAAGGAACACUCGCUGGAGUGAAUACCGCACACGAUUGGGUCCUGAUUCUCUUCACACUUUUUAUCUGGACAUGAACUACUUUAUCUGCUUUGGUCCAAAUGGACUGAUCCAGUUGCUUAAAUUUUUUUUUAUAUUCAUGACGUUAUACCCUUACAAUGUAUUGUUGUUAAUGAGGAUGAUCUUGUUGUAUCAGAAAUGCCUAUUUACUAAGUUAAUUUACACAUAACCAGAAUUGUGUUUGGUAAACACGUGCUGCUGGAGGUAGACAACAUGUUAGGAAUCAAUACAAAAGUAUUUGGGGAGUUUUAUAGUGCUGCUGUUUGAAUAGGAGUGGCCGGUUUGAAGGUGGUGGUUUGGUGUGUAGCGCUGAGAUGAUGCUGAACGUCAAGAGGCUUGGGACAGUUGAAGUAGUGGAAGCUCGGUAGAAGUUCUCUGAGACCAAAGCAUUUAGAGGAUACAAACACUAAUCUGGCUCAACACUACAAGUAGCUUGCAGGUGCCCAGCCUGCCUGUGGUAGGUGCUAGUUCGCAAUCCGACCGGGAGCGCUUUAGCCAGACUUCUUCUUCUUUUGCCCAAGGCAAAGCAAGGCCAUUAGGCACGACUGUCGUGGAUAGUUCGGAUUCAAAUAAAUCAAUGCGAGUGUCUCUAUUUUCUGAAAAAUCUGAGUUACACGGUGUAGUGCAACCUUACUGAGAUUCCCACUCUCCCAAGAGAUAGUGGACUCCUACUCCUUUAGGAGAGACAAAGGUUGUUAUGUGGAGGGUCGUUAAUCUACCCUCCACAUGAGAUAAAAACACCAUUCGUUCAUUAUACAGACCAUGUGAGUAGCAGGGGGAGCCGGAGUACAGAUAAGAGAGUAACAGGACACACCUGUUGUCCUUCACACUCACAUAGAAAUCCAAACGGUGUAUAUUGUUGUUCUUCAGCACCUCUUGAUACCGAGAGGCGCUGAGCACAUGCUCACACAGGCUUAGUCUCGUUGGUUUAGAUAUCAUGACAUUAGCCUUUCCAAAUGUGUUCCACAGUCAGUAUUCAAAAGUUGAAAUGAUCCCUGAUAUUCUGCUUGGCAGACCCAAGGGACUAGCCUUUUCUUUACAGCAAUGUGGUAAAUAUGAGUGAAAGGCCUACUGGCAAUGUCAACAUAAGUGAUUGAAAGGUAAGCAGUUUGCAUUAAAUUACAAAUCCAAUUUCUUUUACAUUUCACCUGGAAUGGAUGUAGCCGUAUUAUCACAUUUCUGGAGUUGUUUAUUCCGUUUUUGAAUUUAAUUUAUUUGGUAAGUGCAAUCUUCAUGUUUACCAGCCAUGUCAAGGGAUGUGUGUGGACCGGAACAAACUUUGUAUCCUGUUGUGUGCUAUGUAUUUUUUUUAAAUGGACCUACUACAGCUACCUCAUUGGCCAUAAUGGUUAAUAAUGUGUAAUACUACUGAGAUGUAUGGGGUUAGUGCUACAACUUUAGUUUUAUGUUUUAGAUCUGCUCGAUGCAUCUUUCCAGGUAAUUUGCUCUGAAAUCAAAAUCCUGGUUGAUGCUAUGUUUCUUUUCCAUUUGAAAAAACGUGCACAAAAUCAAGUACACUAUAAUGUUGUUGAAUUUUUAUGUACUUUUCCAGUUAAAUUUUAUAAAAAUUACAGAUAUUCAUAAAAGCGACACUUUUGUUUACAACUGUGUAUCCUACCUGUAUUCUUAUGACUUCAUUUCAACCCACUGCCCCAAAGUACGUAUUUUUCCACGAGGCGAUUUUGCCUUUCAAUUGUUACAUUAUGACGUAUCUGACGUCAAUAGCGGGGGGUCCUAGAUGACUCAAAACAUCUAAACUGAAGGAAAAUAAUGGUUGUAUGUAGAUUGUUACCAAGAACUUAGCUGCUUACACUCCAUUCUUGACUGGUGGUGGCACAUCCAUUCCUUAGCUAACUGCUUGCAGACCCUAAGGCAAAGUCUAAGACAGGGAUUGGUCAAAUCAUUUUAGCCGGCGUUCUUCCUUUCAAAUAAUUCACUAUCACUUUUUCACACACCCAUAGGAGCUACUGUGUUAUCUAGCAUGCAAGCUACUGUAACGUUUGUUGGAUUAAACUUGAAAAUAAAGAUGGCUAUCUAA